AGCCGCAGCCUGGAGCACACGGAGCAAGCAUCAGCGGCAGGAUAAGGAAGACGAGUGGGGCCUGCAGAGGGUCUGCUGCGCCGUGCCGCCGCUCCCCCGCCCCCGCCUCGCACCGUUCAGGAGCCCUCCGGGAGCGGCUCAAGCCCGGACAGCAGCGGCGCCGGCGGCGGAGCGCGCCGAGGCCCAGAAGCCGCCGCGGCCUCCUGUGGCAGCCGGGUCAGGAGGAGAGCGCCCCCCCCCCCCCCGCGUCCUGCCCCUUUCGUCAAGGGAGUCGACUCCGCAAUCCGAUCCCAAGAUUGUGCCAUCCCGUUAGGGGGAAGAUUCCCUCUUUCUAACACAUAUCUAGGGCUACUCUCGGAGGAGCCUUCUAUUGCCCUGGGUCUUAAAUUUACCCCCCACCCCCGGCCAAGGACAGUACGCACAACUAGGCCUUGCUGGUCAGUUGUACACUCCCACAAGUUUUGACCCCCGGUCUUAACCCGCGAGCUAUACCUAGGCUUUAAAGGCAACUCAAUAAGGAGCUCCGGUAGUAAAAGAGAGAUUAUAGCGGCCACCAGAGUAAAGGAAAGGACUCAGAUAUUCCACCCUCAAUUAAACCAUCCCCUCGACACUAAAAUAAUCCAGUAACUCAUUGGUGCCUAUUUAUUAUUGGUGCCUACAAGGAGACUCAUUGGUGCCUACAAGGAGACAACUAAUUCCCACUAGUUUGUUACCACUGAAACUAUAAAUAUAUCGUAAACCUAUUUAAGUAGGAGCAUUUCUCCUUGUACAGACGACUCCCCCUUUUAAAGAGAUUGUCUUCAAAUACCUAUUGAACAGGCAGCCCUGAAGUUGAAAGAAAAUAAUAUCAAUUAGCUGGCAAAAAGGAAGAGAACUAAAUAAAGAUAUCCCUCAUAAAAUAAAAGAAGAUGCUUGUUUCCCAAACUGUCAGAAAGUGGGGUAGUUAGCUGAAGAAAAGGCACUCCUAAAUAUAAAAAGUGAAAGUUGUUCGUAUUAACAAUUGUGGGGAUACAGGGUUAAGGUGAAAUCACUGAAGUAACAGCUUACCCAGCUGGUAAGAAACGAAUAAACUUUGAAGUCCCAAGUUUUUGAAACCCAAAGCAGAUCUCUCUUCCUCUCAGUAUCAUUGGCAAGUUCCUUCUAAGGGAAUCUCAGAGGAAAAAGGGAAAAAAACCCACAGCAGCAGCACUUUGAGAAUGGGGUCUGUGUGUAAAGUGUGAAGGACAUCUCUCAAAGAAAAAGAAGUCAAGAGAUACCAGCUGCAGAAAAUCUUAUUAUACCUUUGUCUUCAGCACCAUGACCUCUGACUUGGAAAGCAGCCUCACUUCCAUAGAUUGGCUUCCACAGCUUACUCUUCGAGCCACUAUUGAGAAAUUAGGAGGUGCUUCUCAGGCAGGCCCUCCAGGGACUGGUCGAAAGUGCCCUCCAGGCUCACCCACUGAUCCCAAUGCCACCUUGAGCAAAGAUGAUGCUGCAGUUCACCAGGAUGGAAAGCCACGCUACAGCUAUGCCACUCUGAUCACUUAUGCCAUCAAUUCUUCACCCGCUAAGAAGAUGACCCUCAGUGAGAUCUAUCGCUGGAUUUGUGACAACUUUCCAUACUACAAGAAUGCUGGCAUUGGGUGGAAGAACUCGAUUCGUCACAAUCUGUCUCUGAAUAAAUGCUUUCGAAAAGUGCCUCGCCCUCGGGAUGAUCCUGGAAAGGGUUCUUAUUGGACAAUUGAUACUUGUCCUGAUAUCUCCCGGAAGAGACGGCAUCAACCGGAUGAUGAUUUAUCACAAGAUUCUCCAGACCAAGAAGCAAGCAAAAGCCCACGGGGGCCUGUCCCUGUUGGUGCAGAAGCAUCACUGUCCCCUGAGUCCACCCAGCCACUGUCACUGCAAAGCACACCGCCUAUUGGCAAUUACAGUCAGCAGAAUGCGGGCCCUGUGGAUGUGGCUGCAACAGUGGCAGGUGGGCAAGGUCGUGAAGGGACAGAUGUGCCACCUCCACACUACAGUACCAGCAAUGACUUGAAAUUCUCUUAUUCUGAGAUCAACUUCCAGGACCUGAGCUGGUCCUUCCGAACUCUCUAUAAAUCCAUGCUUGAGAAAUCCUCCUCCUCCUCCCAGCAUGAUUUCUCCUCUCUCUUGGGUGACAUGCAGCCAUCCAACCACAAUUACUAUAUGUACCAGCAACAGCAGGUUCCCUCUUCAGUGGGAGCAGCACCUCCACUCCACACUCCAACCUCAGAAGGCUGUCCAUCUCAGGGUAGCAAGCAGCAAGGAGGUGACAGCUAUGGUCCCCCACCUGUGAUGUCCAUUCACCCUUCCCCAAUGCAGCAUGGAGGAUACCAUCAGCAUCAACAGCACCAUCCGCACUCUCAUUCACAGCAGCAGCAGCAGUCACAGGCUUCCAUCAAUAAUGCUAGCUUUGCAUUUCCCCCUGACUGGUGCUCCAACAUUGAUUCUUUGAAGGAAAGUUUCAAGAUGGUGAAUCGACUCAACUGGUCUAGCAUUGAACACUCCCAGUUCUCAGAGUUGAUGGAGAGUCUGCGCCAGGCUGAGCGUAAGAACUGGACCCUAGACCAGCAUCACAUUGCCAAUCUCUGUGACUCCCUUAAUCACUUUCUCACCCAGACUGGUCAGCUCCCUCACCUAGGAGGCCCACAGCAGCCUCCCCGAAUCUCCGAGUCCUGUGCCAUGAAUAGUGGCAAACAAGAGCAGCCGAUGAACCAAGUGAACUCUUACGGUCAGCCACAGCCUCCCCAUCUCUACUCUGGGCCAUCUCCAAUGUACCAGAUUUCCACCCAGGACUCACCAGGGUAUAAUCGUCCAGGUCAUCAUCUGGUUCCACGGCCACCUCCAGGUGCCAAUGAGGAAAUCCCUGAUGAUUUCAACUGGGAUUUGAUCACCUAGCAAGCUACAGACUUGAUAGCACAUCCCUCAUGUAGGGUAUGGGAAGGGAGACCUAGGGUUCAGGUCACAUGCCUAGCACCCUCGGCCUCUUUCCUUGCCUGUAUAUAGAUAUAUAUUCUCUACUUCCGCCAGAGAAGCUGCCGCAAGAUGCUGCCGAAGAUAAUCCUUUCUUGCGCUCCCUGUUUUACCUUAUUUUCUUCAUUAUUAUUAUUAUUAUUAUUAUUAUUAUUAUUAUUAUUACUAUCAUCAAUAAUUGUACACAGCCCUUCUGCUCCAUCUACCAGCUUUGGAUUAUAUGUAUUUACUGGCACCUUGUGUGGAAUGGAGGGUAAGAAAACUAUUUUUGAUUGCUGUGAGAAGACCUCGGAAGUAGGAAUUCUUGCAAGCUUCUUUCUCUUCCUCCAUCACUUGCGUUUAACAAUCCCUCUUUCCCGUCAAGGUGGCCAGUGACUCUGUUUUAUGGGCUGCAAGAGUGAGAGAGCCCUGUGGAUCUUAAGAGUCUGUAAUAAUUAUGUUCUUUCUUAAAUGUUGUAAAGGGUGGGGGGGAUGGAGGGCUUAGACUGGUAUUGAAGGAAGAUCUGCAAACUUUCUCAUACCAGCAAGGGCAGCAUGAGAAGGAAAGGAAUAAUUGCAGAGAAUGGGAGGCUUUUGAAUGUGGAAUAGAGCUAGAAUUUGGGUUUGACAGAGAGAGGCCUGCUGUGGAAAGCAAGGCCUUCUUUCUAGUUGUAGCAUUGUGGUUAUGAGUCUGCUGCUGGUAGGGACUGAGCGUCUGGGAAAGACAAAGGGGGCCUUUACUUUUUUUUCUACACUGCCUUUUUCAAUCACUGCCAUUUUGCACUUGCCCCCCUUUGCAGAUGAAGAAAGCUUGACAGGUCUGGCUUGUAUCUGCAUCAUGUGGGUCGGGUACCAAGAUCAAACCAGAUUCCUCAGGGCUUGUCACAUCAGCGUUUUUUCCCUGUUGCCUUCUCUCAUAAUGCAGCAGGUUCUUAUUUGAAUAUGCAGAUAAGACAUGCAAAUCAAGAAGUAUUCCUCUCCCUUAUGUGAGUUUUUUUUUUAAACUUCUGAAUUUUCCUUCCCCUCAUUUCUCUGGAAAGUGUUGUGGCUUGUAAUGCAAGAGUGGAAGUCAAAGGUGUCUUCUCUGCCUUAUAUAAAUGAGCAAUUGAUGCUUCCUGUUUUGUGGAUGAACUAAGUUGGAAGGAAGAACAGAAUUUGGUGGGUGCAGGUUUAAAACUCCCACUGAGAUAAAUGGCACCUUGCUGCAGACCGUCUAUGGAGGGAAUCUUGGAAGUGUAUAGUUGGAAGGGAAGUUGCAAGGGUCCUUCCAAACUGAAGUGGGAUCAGAAAGGGCAGACGUUUAGUUGUAUGGCAGUCCAUAGAACACAAGGAAGAGCACUAGUGCCAACACAAGAUUGGAUUUUGAGCUGGAAAUGGCUGGGUAGCCCCUCCUCACUGCUUUGUUUUCAGUUUCUAGUGUGAAUCUCUUUUGCCAGACCUCUUGUUAAUCUGCAUGCCCUUCCAACUGCAAGCCUGCUUUGUGUGUGUGUGUGUGGGGCGGGGGGGGGGGGGACCAAGUUGGAAGCAAAAACAUCAUGGGAAUAUGUUGUGCCAGGGGUGGGAAGUUUCUGUAGCGUUGCUUUAACUCGCUGUUUCAUUGAAGUUUGGAGGGAGGGAUUUUUUGGUUGUGGGGGAAAGGGGGUCAUCACUGUGCGUUCUGAGGGGAGUGGAGAAUCCCUGAGCCGAAUUCAUGGAGGAGUUUUAAUGGGUAUCUGUGCCAUCCAAAGAUAAGAAUGAUGUGACCAGGAGGCCCUUGUUGAGAGUCUGGGGAAAAUGAUGUGGAGAUAAUGUCCCCUUCAGAUGCCGAUCAGUGCUGUUUCUGAGAAGAACAUCCACAGAAGGUUCACUUAGCCUUUCAGAGAAUGUGGAGGGGGGGUGGGGGGGAGAAAAGAUCACUCCUUUAGGUAUUUAAAGGCUCUUCAUUCACAUAGUCAGUUGCGCCUUGUUUGCAUAUGUAAAUAUAAGCCAGUCGGUGUACAAAUUAGCCUCAUCCUCCCUUUGCCUCUGAAUUAACUGCAUUGUUCUUGAGUGGGGUUAGUAUUGGAUUGGACACUUGGAGUCAUAGACUCAGCACUGGAAUUCUGCACUGUGAGCAGCUGACGCAGCCUAUCCAGGAAAAAGGGUCAGCACAGAGGGCUGGCCGGCCAGCCUGCCUGCCUGUCAAGCAGAGGAAUCCCUCGCCUGCCCACCCGCUGCAGUGCAACCCACAAUGCUUUAUGUCAAGAAGAUGGGAGAGGGUUGUGGCCUCACAAAUUUAUUUUUGUGCAUGCUUUCUUAAUUAAAAAAAGUGAAUGUUUAUGGUUUAA